AUGGACUCGGUAGGGGGUGGGGGACAAAAAGAGGCAAGAAGUCAAGCAAGGAACAUUGGCUUUGGGCCAAAGAAGUCUAUUAGCUUUUUAAAACCAAUAAAAGCAUCUCCAUCAAAAGCAUAUCCCGGUGCAUACCAAAGCAAAAUGGGUAUGUCAAGAAAUAUGAUUCUACCAGAAACAAAACCAGUAGAAAAACUGAAUAUUUCCACCCCAAGGACAGUCAUACAGGUGCUUGAUGCACACGGAGUUGAUGUUACUCCCCGACCUCUUUUCCAUCCAGACCCAUAUAGUGGUACAGCAAAGCCAAACAAACUAUUGACAUCACAGGAAGGAUCACUUGCAUCAGAUUUUAUAUCUUCCUAUAGCCUUUAUCAGAAUACAGUAAAUCCCAGUAUAAUAGGGCAGUUUACAAGGUCAAUUUUAGGAAGCAGUACAAUUUCUAAGUCAAGUGUAUCCACUUCUGAGUCAAUAGCAGAAGACCUAGAAGAACCAUCCUAUAAGCGUGAAAGAUUGUCUAGUUUUGCAGAUGUACAGGUUGUGAGGGCAACACCUGGAAAAAUUGUAACAAAAGAGGACCUGGAGAAGACUAUAGAGAUAAUCCUCACAGAAACAGAAACACUGAACAUUUUUGAUUUACCAACUGUCAUGGUUUCUGUAGAGUCUGAAGAAGCUAUAAAAGUAAACAAUAGAAACAAGAAUUAUGAAACCCUCUGUAAAAACAGAAUAGGCAAUGACUUAUAUGUUGAAAGGAUGAUGCAGACUAUUAAUGGAGCACCAAAGAAUAAAGAUGUUCAAUGUGACAGAAUCAUAAAAGAAGACAAAGGGAUAAUGUCCACUGCUUGGGAUUUAUAUGAUUCUUAUAAUGCUACCGAGCUUUUAUCUUUAUCAGUAAAACAAUCUGUAAUUGAUUCAAGUAAUAAAACAUGUAUAUUUCCUAAAGAUCGGGACCAAAGAAUGCUAGUGACUAGUGAAGCUAGUUCUCUAAUUGAUAUAGAAAAUGUAAUUCUGGCUAAAAUUCAAGAUGAUGAAGAAGACCACUCAGAUGCAAUAUUAAAGUCAGAGCGGUUUAAUCAAGACUUAUUUUUUAUGGAAAGAGUACUCAUGGAAAAUAUAUUUCAGCCCAAACUUGCAGCUUAUCGUCAGCUUCCUGUUUUUAAAGAACCUGAACCUGAAGAGCUUGAAGACUUUUUAAGAGUUGAAAAAGUUGGAGAGGUUGAGGAAGAGACUAAGAAGGAGGAGGAAGAAGAUCUAGAAAUAAGUGCAGAACAAUCAACAAUUCCAGCCAAUUUGGAACGACUUUGGUCAUUUUCCUGUGACUUAACCAAAGGCCUUAACGUGAGCAGCCUUGUCUGGAAUAAGACAAAUCCAGAUCUUUUGGCUGUUGGCUAUGGGCACUUCGGAUUUAAAGAGCAAAAAAGAGGAUUAGCUUGCUGCUGGUCAAUAAAGAAUCCUAUGUGGCCAGAACGUAUUUAUCAGAGUCCGCAUGGAGUUACUGCUGUGGAUUUUUCAAUUGGAGCACCUAACCUUUUAGCAGUUGGUUAUCACAAUGGCAGUAUUGCAGUUUAUAAUGUACAAAGCAACAGUAACAUUCCUGUUCUGGAUAGUAGUGAGUCACCUCAAAAUCAUUUGGGACCUAUAUGGCAACUACAAUGGAUAGAACAAGAUCGAGGCACAACAGGUGAUGACAAAAGAGAAAUACUAGUUUCUAUAUCAGCGGAUGGAAGAAUCUCCAAAUGGGUUAUACGGAAAGGACUGAACUGUCAUGAUUUGAUGCGUUUGAAGAGAACGACUGUUGCAAGCACAAAAAAAGGAGGGGAAAAGGAAAAGAAAGGUGAAGCUUUGAUAGCUCGCCAAGCUCCUGGAAUGUGUUUUGCUUUUCAUCCCAAGGACACUAAUAUCUAUUUGGCUGGCACUGAAGAAGGUCAUAUUCACAAAUGUUCUUGUUCAUAUAAUGAACAAUACCUAGAUACCUACAGAGGACAUAAGGGUCCAGUUUAUAAAAUAGUAUGGAAUCCAUUUUGUCAUGAUGUAUUCUUAAGCUGUUCUGCAGAUUGGGGUGCUAUUAUAUGGCAACAGGAGCAUCUCAAGCCAUUUUUGACUUUUUAUCCAACUACCUAUGUUGUUUAUGAUGUUGCUUGGUCUCCAAAAUCAUCCUACAUAUUUGCAGCUGCCAAUGAGAGCAGAAUAGAGAUUUGGGACCUUCACUUUAGCAUUUUAGAUCCUCUGAUUGUACAUUUUGCUAACCCUGGAAUCAAGUUUACAACUGUUCUCUUCGCCAAACAGACAGACUGCCUUUUAGUAGGAGAUAGUGAUGGACAGGUUGCUGUGUAUGAACUAAGAAAUAUGCCUACUGCUUUGGAAUCUGGCAGGGGAAAUGUAAUAGAUACUUUGCUUGGACCCAAGUCAAACCACCAAGGAUAA